AUAAAAUUUGUAUACUUUGGGGGAGUUUCUGCCGUGGAAGUCAAUUCACCAACGUGUAAAUCUCUGACACGAACUUUCUGAAAUGACAGGGUUUGUGUUUUAGGGUAUCGCUGAAUUAAAAAACCAGAGAACCAGCUCAUUCUGACAGCGACAUUCAACAACUUUGAUGCAAAGAAUCUCAGGCAGCUCUCUUUAUAAGGUAAUGAAUCUGGUAAAUAUUUGCUGGUUAUUUUCACUGUUGAAGCUGAAAAUGGAGUAUUAUGUAGCAGGUAAUGAAUAUGAUAAAUAUUUUCUGCUUAUUUUCACAGUAGAAGUUGAAAAUGGAGUAUUGUGUAGCAGGAAAUGAAUUUGAUAAAUAUUUGCUGGUUACUUUCACUGUAGGUGCUGAAAAUGUUGUAUUGUGUAGUAGGAAAUGAAUCUGAUAAAUAUUUGCUGGUUAUUUUCAUAGUACGUGGUGAAAAUGGAGUAUUGUGAAGCAGGUAUAAUGGCGGCGAAAAUCUUGUCAGAAAACGGAGUUUCCGACUUUAUGAUCUUGGAGGCGACGGAUCGAAUCGGCGGACGUCUCUGCAAAUGGCAAUUCGGCAAGCAUACGGUAGAAUUGGGGGCUGGCUGGAUACAGGGCGUUGGUGGAAAUGUCCAAAAUCCGAUUUUGGAAUUGGCCUCGCAGCAUAAUCUUCGCACUUGCAAUUCCGAUUAUAGUAACAUAAAGUUCAAUAUUUAUGAUCAAAGCGGUGCGCUUGUGCCGAGUUCAGAGGCGGCUGUCUCGUAUAAAUUAGCAGUAGAAUCAGCUAACUGCGAAUUGGCCCGUGAGGCGUCCGCCAAGGCUAAAGGUCGAGCACAUGUUUCAGAUUCUUCAGGAUUAGCUGAUUCUUCACCCAUCGAAUUGGCCAUAGACUAUAUCCUGCAUGACUUUGAAAUGGCAGAUGUAGAGCCAAUUCCCACUUAUACAGAGUUUGGGCCAAGAGAAUGUUUGGUUGCAGACGAGCGAGGAUAUGAAUAUCUCAUCCAUAAAUUGGCCCAACAAUUUCUCAAUACCAAAAAUGGAUCUAUUCUAGAUAGUCGACUAAAGUUACAGAAGGUAGUUCGAGAAAUACAGUAUACAAAAUCGGCAGUCCGUGUGAAAACAGAGGAUGGAUCAGUGUACACAGGGAAGUGGGGUAUUGUAUCUGUCAGCCUUGGAGUUCUUCAGAGCGACCUUAUCAGAUUUACCCCUCAGUUGCCUAGAUGGAAGAUGGGUUCUUUCUACAACUGCGAGUUCAGGAUUUACACCAAGAUAUUCCUGAAAUUUCCUCACAAGUUCUGGCCAACUGGGGAGGGCACUGAGUUUUUUCUAUAUGCAGACCAGAAACGAGGCUACUAUACCUUCUGGCAGCACAUGGAAAAUGCCUACCCAGGAUCGAACAUCCUGGUUGUGACUGUAACUAACGAGGAAUCAAAGAGGAUAGAACUACAGAGCAGUGAGAAGACAAAAGCAGAAGCCAUGGCUGUUCUGAAAAAGAUAUUCGGCAAAAGCAUACCUGAGGUGCAGGAGAUUCUAGUUCCGAAGUGGUGGAAUAAUCCCUUUCAACGUGGAAGUUACAGUAACUAUCCCAUUUUCGUCAACUUGAAGCAUUUUGAGGCUAUAAGGGCACCGGUAGGGCCAGUCUUCUUUACAGGAGAACAUACCAAUGAGAAAUUCAAUGGUUAUGUGCAUGGUGGAUACUUUUCAGGCAUUGAUACAGCAAAUAUGGUGACAGAUAGAAUGAAGAAAGAUAAGCGGACUGGAAAACUUCAUGACUCUUGGUCAUCCUCUCCAGAUUAGACUGGAAAACUAUAAAAUGUGUUCUCAUCUUCACAAGAACAAGAUUUUAGCAAUAAAAAAUUAAUUUACAAAAGUUUUUUUGCUCCGUUAAAAGUGUGUUUUGAUCAUGAAUUUGUUUUUAUUGAAAAACAUAUA